CGAUGAUCCGAUCUGGAAGGAGAAAAGAGCCUUCUGCAGCCUGCAGAGUCCGGCUCUACAUCCGCGCCGCGUGGCGGCAUGGGUUGGAGCCGAGAAACAACCAACAGCGGCGCGGAAAGGAUGAACCGCCAAGCUGAGGGGUUUUGCUGCUUUCCGAGACGGCUACAAAACUACGCUUUUCCUUGGUCUUUGAGGGUGGGUGUUUUCUUCCUCCGUCCGGUUCUUCCUUGACGUUCCCUUCGCAUCAAAGGCCCCGAAACAACAACAACAACAACAACAACAACAACAACAACAACACUCAAUGGCCGACGCAACCCCAACUCCCGCCGCCGCGGCAAGCUCGCCGGUCCCGCCCGUCGAGUCUCCGGCAUCGCCAAAGUCUCCGGCGACGGCCCCAUCGAAAGCCAUAGAGACGGCGGCUGGUGACGCUACGGGCCGGGCUCCUCCGCUCGGGGUCGCCUCCCCCGCGGCUGCUUCUCCUGAUACCGCUCCUCCUAUCGAAGCCGACGUUGCGUCCCCCGAGGAGUCAAUCGAGGUUGAUGACAGCAUUAGGGAUGACGCAUCGACAAUUGACGAUAGAAUUUCCUCGUACACGGCGUCCUUGACAUCCUCCGUGGUAGAUUAUCCGACCGAGUAUGGCCGCCGGUACCACGCUUUCCGGGCCGGAGCUUACAACUUUCCGAACGAUGAGCCCGAGAUGGAGCGGCUGGACCUAGUCCAUAACUUGAUGGUCAAGACCAUUGGCGGCAAUUUGUUCCUCGCACCCCUUGAUGAGUCUAAAGUCCAUCGCAUCCUCGAUGUUGGGACAGGGACAGGCAUCUGGGCUAUGGAAAUGGGCGAUUUUUUCACCAACGCAGAGAUCCUCGGAAACGAUCUUAGCCCCAUCCAACCAGAAUGGGUCCCGUCUAACGUCAAGUUCGAAAUUGACGACGUUGAAAGCGACUGGAUCAACAGUUAUAAGUACGACUUCGUCUUCAGUCGUUACAUGAGUGGAUCUCUGGCAGACUGGCCGACAUAUGUGAAGCGUGUUUACGACAACGUGGCCCCCGGCGGCUGGGCCGAGUUCCAGGACUGGAGCUUCCAGUUGUACUCGGAUGACGGGUCGCUUGAGGGAACCAGCCUGAACCGCUGGUGCGACCUCUUCAUGGAAGCCUCCAGAGCUUUUGGCAGAGAUGCUCAGGUCGGCCCCAAGCUGGAACGUCUGGUCCGGGACAACACUGGCCUGAUCAACAUCCACCACCAGCCUUACAAGAUUCCGCUUGGCCCCUGGGCCAAAGACCCCUACCUGAAAGACAUUGGAAUGUGUAACCUCGUUCAGGUCUUGGACGGCCUGGAGGGAUUCUCUAUGAAGCUGCUCUGCGGCGGUCUUGGCUGGACGGCAGAGGAGGUGAUUGUCCUGCUGGCUGGAGUCCGCAAAGACCUGAAAAGCGAAAACAUCCACGCUUGGUACCACUUCAACGUGGUCUAUGGUCAAAAGCCAUUGAAGGAGGAGGAGGGAGAGGAGUCCAGUGCGUAAAGCGUAGGUCCUCUAGAUAUACCUUGGAACUACACAAAUAGGACUCUCUAGAGUUCAAUGAGAAUACAGAAUGUUGUUAGUUGCGUUAGUUGUAAUUCCACGUAAUCUUAUCAUA